AUGCACAGACAGAAAUACAGACCUCGCCAAAGAGAAGAACGCACGGCUAAAGAGGGAGAAAGAGACAGACAGUCUGAGAUAGGCAAACCGACCGUCAGUCAGACGGGCAGGCAAGCCGGCAGAUGCGAAACAGGUUGUCCAGCCAAGUUCACUACCGUGCUGGCUUUUUCCGACGCGCGCACACUUCCACGCGUGCACAAGCAUAUUGCACACACACACACACAUCAUCAAAGCCUGCAGACAGGCCCGGUGAUCGUGACAGGCGGUAAAGCGCGUUGUCGCUUCUGUCUGAUAACGCACGCACACUUUGUCGGUCCAUUAGUCUGUCCGUCUGUCUGCCGGCCAGUCGGCCAUCCAGCCAUCCGCCCACUUCGACUCAGACGGCGAGACCGAGACUCACUCGGACAGUCAGGCUAUGAGAUGGCCCGACUUGGCCGGCAGGAUCGAUACGGCUUAGCCGAGGUCCACGAGCCAGCAAAGCGGGACGGCCAGGCGAGCGAAGCCAGCGAAAUCCGGCCGCAUUGA